UUUGUGAAAUGAAAGGCUCGCGAAAAUCGGCUUCCUGCUGAUGAAAUCGAUUGUUCCGCUACCUACUUGACAUUUUGUGUUGAUGUGUUAGUGCGCUUGUAGGCUGGUGUUUCCGGAGAAGAUACGGAAUGUGAAAGAAAUAACCGAAAGAAAUGGUGGAACAAUCAUUAAUGGUGUGUCCUAUGUGUUACUUCUUCAUAUUUCUCCGGAAAUGCACGGGAACGAACGGACGAACCGCAAGAGGAAUAAGGACCCUGCGUUUGGUGUACACGUGAAAAUACUUAGGAGAAUACUUAUAUGUCGUGUGAAUUUGUAAAAUAAAAGUGACGAAGACAUAACUAUAUGUUACUGCUGCUUUAUCACAGAAUGGCAUGAAAAUGUUCAGUUUGAAGCGAAACGAAAUACAUUGUGAAAGUUUAUAUUUGUCGCAUAAAGUAUUUAAGUGUACUUGUACUUAUCACGCCUUCGGUGUCAAGUAAAAAAGCGAGUGAACAAAAAUACUACCCGCAAAUGGAGGUUUCAUAUGCUGCGGACAGCACGAAGAGACUAUACGAAGCGUCAUCUACCUGUAAAACUGUCCACAGCAGUAAAGUGACAUGCUCUAAAGAUUGUUCAAUCGAUUCAAACAUUCAAGACAGUGAGGCAAACAAUCGAAUUAUGGCGAACCAGAUCGACAGACUUUCGGUGGACGUGACCUACUAUACAGCACAUCUAAUCGAAUUCUACAAGUUCCUGGCACGAAAUUCUGGGCGAAGACGAAUGCAUUUACAAUUUCAAAAACUAUACCGGAGGUCCGUGUGUUGUGUUGUAGUUUUUUUAAUUGUAAGCUCUAUUUUUACAACGACAGAUGCUUGUUCGAGUCGAACAACACCAAAGCCUCGGCCGCCCAGUCCGACACCUAGACCAAAUAUAACGUUCCAUACCUAUAAAUGUCCUCCGGCCUAUGCGGCCUGGUAUUGUCUCAAUGACGCUACCUGUUUUACAGUUAAGAUUGGAGAUUCGCUGUUGUACAAUUGCGAAUGUGCUGAUGGAUACAUGGGCCCCCGUUGCGAGUACAAGGAUCUAGAUGGUUCUUACUUGCCCACUCGCCCAAGAGUUAUGCUGGAGACGGCCAGUAUAGCCAGCGGAGCCAUCGGAUCAUUAGUUUUAAUUGUAAUUGGAUGGUGCUGUUGGUGUGUUCGAAGACACCAGCAACGCAAAUGGGCCGGUAAAGAGCACGGUGUAGACACCGUCGAUUCUCCCGGCGUUGUACACGUUGUCCACAGUGAACGAUUGCUUCGUCCUUUCGGUACUCAUCAUCUGAAAACGAUUCCUAUGAGUGACUCUUUUAAGUGAUUAACAUUCAAAUCAAACCGGCAAGGGCAGAUUGUGUUCGACUACCUGGACGUAGUGGAUUACACGAACGAAGUUAAAUAAUGUUAACUCAUGUCAGAAAAUUUGAGCAAAAUUUUCAUGACCACAUAUUAAUGAUAAAGACACUUAAAAAUAGAAGGUUUGCUUUACGGGACAGUUUUAUUUUCUCCGUAGUUUUGAGUUUGGUGUUUCAUCAUUCAGACCAUUUGUCCAUUUGUCUGAAAAGAAUGUAAAAAAAACAAACAUUUUGAUUCGAAAGCAAAAUACCAAAUGUACCAAACUUUCUUAUCCACGCGAAAACUAAUGUAUAUUAUACCAGUUUAAAUAAGUGGUACAAGCGUAUUUUGAGUUACUUUAAUGCAACCUUCUCAAAUCCUUUUUUUUGUUGUCAGCUCUUUGAAAUUUUUAUUUGUGUACUCUCAAUUCCACGAUGACGAAUAACAUACAUCCGUAGACUUAUCUUUUACGCACAAAUUGCUGUCAUGAGAGGUUUUGAAGAUUCGUCGUUCGAUCGUCAACAUACGAUUUAAUACAUUCUGAAGACAUCAUUCUGUAACCAAUAAUAAUUUUGUUACAUCAUUAAUCCAUGUGCCGCGUCUAUAUUGGUUUAGUGCCCCGAGCAGUAUCAUAUUUAUUGCAUAUUUAUUACGUUACAAUAGAUAGGAGGAAGGACAAACAUGUAUUACACUUGAGCGAAAAACGAUUUCCGGAAGCGCCUUACGGUAAAAUAAGCUAUAGUUAAGAUAAUCGAAUCUUAUUGGAUUUUUUAAACCAGCUAUUUAAGUUAUAAAAUUGAAAUGAAAUGAAACGUUAUGAGUUUGGAAGUAAAUGCAGCUCCACUAGUGGGUAUUAAAUACAUCAAAACAUUCAACAAGAUAAUGCGGAAAUUUAGCAAAGAAUUCCGCCGAGGUGCCCGAAGAAGGAGAUUUGUUUUUUCCUAAUAAUAUUGUUUUUUUUUAAUAACGCGAAUAUAAAUGAAAGAGGUAUAUAAAUACGUAGAAGUCAGCAAAAACUUCGAAUACCCUCUUCUACAUAUGCAUAGCAAUGGAAAUGCAUAACGUAAGUGAAUAUGCAAAGACAGAUAUAUACUUCAGAUUAGGCUCAUUUCGGUUCGUAUGUUUUUGCUACAUGUAUGUCACUAAUCACUAAUGAAGUUUGGAUAGGAAAAGGUUGUCAGAAAGCAUCUUGAAUGAAAGGCAAUAAUAUGCGAGGAUUUUCAUGACUGUAUGUUAUCCUUGGCAAUUGUUCUUUUUUUCCAAAAAAAAAGAAUUUCUUAUCGAAAAGCAAUUUGAAAAGAUGUAGAGAUUAACAGCAUACUUCUUUGGGGAAAAACAAAACCAAUAGAUUUAGAAUGACCAAUUCUGGACAAUGCAAUGAUAUUCAAAUUUAAUCACAUUGCACUUAACACUGCCAACUAAAUAAAACGAAUGGCUUAGCGCUUAGAAAUCGCCUUAUGAAAAGAAGUUUUUGAAAGAUAAUAUACAGCUGGCAAACGUAGAGCAAUAACGAACCCCAUACCGAAGUAAGGUGCAUACAUAAACUGUGCUACUAAACUGUAUUGUAUAUAUAAGUAGCAUUUUAUAUACUUAUCGUACCACGAAAGUGUCUUAAAAUGAACGCAAGUGUACAUAUGCCUUUUAAUUUAUAGUUUUUAGAAACGCGAAUAUAUUAUUUAAAAGAGAUAAAAAAACUGGAAAAUAGAAAAUCCUCAUCCUCUAAAACGAACGUAUUGUAACAGAUUUACAUGAAUAGGUUAUGUGUUCAUUGCUUUCGUAAUUAUUAUUUUAAUUGAAGUUCUUAAAAAGUAUCUUAGUCGGUUAACCUCUACUUUUGGACGACAGGUAAUGCAUAAUUAAAGUAUUCAUUUUAGUUUCCUUAUUUAUAAUCUAUUGUAUUAUACUCCGAGCUUUAAUGAAACAGAAAAAGGUUGCUGCUAAAACGGGUGCAACUUGAAAAUGAUAAAUGGCAUAAGAAUAAAAGUAGCUAAAGAAAUCA